GGCGCUUAUUUCACCCAAAUUCAAAAACCAUGAGCAUCUUCCUCUUCUUCCCUAUCCUUGCUUCCUUUACAACUUCUUCUGUCAACAAAACAAAUCACCACCUUUAAUCAACUCUAAUUCCAAAUCAAACGGGAAAAAAUGGAAACAAAAAGCUCAGCAACCCACAAUGAUCUCUUCUCUUCUUUAAUAUCAGACAUCAAAUCUUACUCAGGCAAUGAUCCUCUUCUCCCUUGGCUCCGGGGGAUUAAGAAAAUGAAGGAUUGCCUGCCUCCGAAUGCACUGAAACAAAAGCUGCCUCGUUUUCUGCAAAAAUGCACGCAGAGUUUUGCAUCUGAUAGGCGUUACAGGAAUGACCCGCGCUACCUUCGUGUCUGGUUACAGCUGAUGGAUUAUGCGAGUGAUCCAAGAGCGCUGUUGAGUACCAUGGAAACGAAUAGCAUUGGAACGAAGCGGUCAUUAUUCUACCAGGCUUACGCUCUUUAUCACGAGAAGAUGAAGAACUUUGAGGAGGCUGAGAACAUGUACCGUUUAGGGGUGCAGAACCUUGCCGAGCCUGUUGAUGAAUUACAGAAAUCAUACGAGCAAUUCCUUCAUCGCAUGGAGAGACACAAGAAAAGGAACAUCCAGCGCCAGAUAGGAAGAAGUGGCAAAAGACCUCUAUCUUCCAGGAAGUCUGAAGAGAACAAUGAGAAUGUAUACAGCAUUGAGGAUAGGCCUAAACAGAUACCGGACAGGAGUUCUCAGAAUGUGAAGCCAAUGAAGGAAUCUAACCAAGUUGGGGUUUCAGGAAAUUCAUGUGAAGAUGGCUUGGGCAGUGAUCUGUCCAGGAAGCAGGGACAUGUGAAAAAGAUUGGACAGAGAGAUGUAUCCAAGCAGCAAAAGAAUACAGGAGAGUCGGAUAAAGCCAAGACACGUCACAGUGAUGAUACAGUUGUGGUAAAGUUUGUAGACACUGCAAUAGUUGGAAAGCAAGAAGCAGAAGAUGCCUGCCAUCAUGGACUGGUGGACCCUACAAUAAAUAUGAAGGAAGCCAUGAAUGCCAUCAAUGGCAUGUUUCGAGAACCUUUAGAGACCUCUCCAGUAAAUAGAUCACGCAUAAGUCGACCAAAAGAAGAGUGUAGUUUGAACAGUGGAUUUGAUGUAUUUAUUGAUGAAAACUUGGACAGUGGAACUGAUUCAUUCCUUCAAAAAGAAGAAGCGGGCAUUUCCCUGAUGGUGCAUGGUAGAGCUCAAAUCCCCCAGACUCACCAAGAACCAUUCCAAAUAUUCAUUGAUGAUGAAGAAAGCAAUGAAAAUGGCGACAGAACUUAUGAUAAUAAAUUAGAGGAGAGUAAGACCCAGAAUCUGGCAGACGGUUCUUGCUCAUCCAUUUUACCUUUAAAUGCUUUUGUCUUCCCAAGUCCGAAGGAUCUUCCAUCUGAAAGCUCUGAUUAUAUGAAUUCAGAGAGCUCACCUCGAAUAAAACUUAGAGAGGAUACAGUUGUUCACAGGUUCGUUGGGUCUACCAUCUUAGAUGAGCCGGAGGUGGAAAAUGUUUGCCACCAUGGAUUAGUAGACCCUACAAUUAACUUGAAGGAGGCUAUGGAUGAUAUUAAUAACAUGUUUGGGAAGCCAAUAGAUUUUAUAAGAACCAAGAGACCAAAGAAGCAAGAUAAAGCCCCUGUUAGGAAACAAGAUCUUUGUGGGUUUACAAUACUUCCUGAUGAUGAUUCAGAGCAUCUACAAGGACAGCCACCACCCAGGUCAUCCAGAGUAAGCAACAGAGAUUUGUUUGAGCCGACAGCGUUUACAAAAGAGGCAAUGGAUGACAUAAAUAAAAUGUUUGGAAAGCUAUUGGACUUUUAGGAACAACUAUUAUUAGUGGCACGUAAGGUUUCACUUUGUAGCUUAUUUAUUGUGUUGUGAUAUACCACAACAAUGCCCUUGUGCUUGAAUUUGUAAAAUUUUGACGAUCUUGCUUCAUGUUAAGAUCUUUAAAUGUGAUGUAGUGUUUGCCUGCACUAUCUUUAUUCCAA